AGCCGCCGCGUUGACGUCGCCAAAGACUGGAGCGACGUUUAAAGCAGCAGCAGCCGCAGCAGCAGCAGCCGCAGCAGCAAGCAAAAUCGCCCGGGGAGUCGAACGGCUUCUUGGAAUCCUCCCCACCGUUCCGCGGCCGGAGGAGGAGAAGCAGCGGCAGCGGCGGCGCUAGGAAGCAGGCAUGGAGAGCAAAAAACUGAUUUCUGCUACAGACAUUCAAUACUCUGGCAGUCUGCUUAACUCCUUGAAUGAGCAACGUGGUCACGGACUCUUCUGUGAUGUUACCGUUAUUGUGGAAGAUCGAAAAUUUCGGGCCCAUAGGAAUAUUCUUUCGGCUUCAAGUACAUAUUUCCAUCAGCUCUUCUCAGUUGCUGGUCAGGUCGUUGAACUGAGCUUCAUCAGAGCCGAGAUCUUUGCAGAGAUUCUCAAUUACAUCUAUAGUUCUAAAAUUGUUCGUGUGAGAGCAGAUUUACUUGAUGAGUUAAUUAAAUCAGGCCAGUUGUUAGGAGUGAAAUUUAUAGCAGAGCUGGGUGUCCCACUGUCACAGGUUAAAGGUAUCUCAGGUACAACACCGGAAGGUAAUGCUCAAACCUUACCUGCUGAUUCUGGUGACAAAAACAUUGUAAUAGAAAAGUCAAAAGAUGAAACUCAAGACAAUGGGGCUAUUAACAUGCCUAUUAUAACAGAGUCUUUUUCAUUAUCUGCUGAAGAUUAUGAAACGAAAAAAAUCAUUGUUACUGAUUCAGAUGAGGAUGACGAUGAUGUCAUUUUCUGCUCUGAGAUUUUGCCUGGAAAGGAGACUUUGCCAAGUAACAAUGAAGUAACCCAGGUCCAGCCUAAACCAGGACCUGUUCCUAUUUCUGAUGUGGCGCCUUGUGCCAGUAAUAACUCUCCUCCUUUAACAAGUAUCACACCUACUCAGAAAUUUCCCACUCCUGUGAAUCAGGCAACUUUGAACCAAAUACAAGGAAGUGAAAAAUUGCUAGUAUCUUCAGCUCCAACCCAUCUGACUCCCAACAUUAUUUUAUUAAGCCAGACACCGCUUACUCCACCUCCCAUUGUCAGUUCUUCACUUCCUAGUCAUAUGUCGUCUCCUAUCAACUUAUUGGUACAGAAUCAGCAGACACCAAACAGUGCUGUUUUAACAGAAAGCAAGGUCAAUGAAGAAGUGGAGGAGGAAAUUAUAGAUGAUGAUGAUGAUACUAUUAGCUCCAGUCCAGACUCAGCAGUCAGUAAUACCUCUUUGGUCCCACAGGCUGAUACCCCUCAGAAUGCUCCUUUUGAUGGGUCAUUGGUACAAAAGAUGCAGAUUCCUACACUUGUGCAAGAACCAACUUCGCAUUCUUUAAAAGUUUCAGAUAUAAUUACUAGAAACACUAAUGAUCCAAGCUUAGGAUCAAAAUAUCUCAUGGAGGGUCAGAAGAUCAUUACUUUAGAUACAGCUACUGAAAUUGAAGGACUGUCCACUGGUUGCAAGGUUUAUGCAAAUAUUGGUGAAGAUACUUAUGAUAUCGUGAUCCCUGUCAAAGAUGACCCUGACGAGGGGGAGGCCAAACUUGAUAAUGAACUAUCAAAAACGUCUCACAGUGAGUCUACAAGCAAACGUAUGAAAGUAAAGCAUGAUGAUCACUAUGAGUUAAUAGUAGAUGGAAGGGUCUAUUAUAUCUGCAUUGUAUGCAAAAGGUCCUAUGUCUGUCUGACAAGUUUGCGAAGACAUUUCAACAUUCAUUCUUGGGAAAAGAAGUAUCCAUGCCGUUACUGUGAGAAAGUAUUUCCUCUUGCAGAAUACCGCACAAAGCAUGAAAUUCAUCAUACGGGGGAGCGACGGUAUCAGUGUUUGGCAUGUGGCAAAACUUUCAUCAACUAUCAUUUCAUGUCUUCACACAUAAAGUCAGUUCAUAGUCAAGAUCCUUCUGGGGACGCAAAGCUUUAUCGUUUACAUCCAUGCAAGUCUUUACAGAUCAGACAGUAUGCAUACCUUUCUGAUAGGUCAGGCACUAUCCCUGUCAUGAAGGAUGAUGGUAUUGGUUAUAAGGUUGAUGCUGGCAAAGAACCACCAGUAGGGACUACAUCUACUCAGAACAAGCCAAUGAGCUGGGAAGAUAUUUUUAUUCAGCAGGAAAAUGAUUCCAUUUUUAAACAGAAUGUAACAGAUGGCAGUACUGAGUUUGAAUUUAUAAUACCAGAGUCUUAUUGAACUUCUUUGAAAUAUCAGUAUGGAGCUGGAUUAAGGGGUAGAGAUUACAAAAAGCCUGUAAAACAAAUUAGGGUGAAAACAGGUUAAUCUGAUCUAGCACCUCCUCUGAAGGUAGUCUAGUUGAAUUGUUUGUUAAUAAUUUUAGAAGCAAUCUUCUCUGAAAGUUUGAGUAGAACUUGAAAAGUUGUGCCCCCAAGCAUCUGUUUAGUUAGCUUUCAGCUCAUUUCAAAGAAAAAAAUUAAAAUUCAGAGAGAUUGUUUCUCGGAUAGAAUUUGAAACAGUCUGAAUAUUCUUUGAAAAUCACUGGAGUUUCUAGCAUACCCUAGUAGUACAUUUUACAAUUCCCCCCCUUUCAUGUUAGCACUUUACUGCUCAAUUCCCAGUUUUCUUUUUUAACAUCAAGACUAAAAUGUAUGUUGUGUCUUGUAUAUGGUAUUAAAAAGUAAAGGACUGCCAAAAAUUGUUCUAGAAAAUUUCAGAAUAAAUCUUUACUUCAUUGUGUAUUCUGCUAGUCUUAAAUGGAUAGCGACCUCCUGCCUCUUCCCAUGAAAAUAGCAAUGCAAACAAGUCAUAUGAAGAAUAAAUUAGUUGUAGCUAAUUAGAAUUAACACUUGGCUUUCAUUACCACACAGACUGUAAAAGACUUUGGUGGCUAGGCCAUUAUAGGCUUUGCAGUAUGGUCUCUGGGCAAAAAAAACUUAGUGGAAAAACAAAUAUAUGGAGAAUGAGCUACUGCCUGCAGACAGGAGGAAACAAAAAGUUCUGUUGCACUUAUUUUUAAUUCCCUGUUCUUACAGGAUAGAAAAAGUAGAGUUCAAUGGAGAUUUCUUUUUGUUCAUUAUGGUUGAGAAUAUUCUGAAAUGCUAUAAAUUUUUAACCUGAAAGCCACCAAAUGAAUCUUUAUACAUUAUUUAUGUAUAAUCUUUGUAAAUGAUAGAUCCCAUAGAUGAGACUCCUAUGUAUUUUGGGUGGAGGCUACUGGCAUAUAUUUUUAAAUGUUUAUAUUAGAAUCUCUAAUAGGAAGUUUUCAUUUGAAAUAGUGUAUGUGGUGAUCUAGUAUUUUCUUUUCAGCAAGUUCUUUGAGUGUUUUUUUAAAAACUCUUGAUAAUUAGGACUAUCCCAUCUGCAAAUUGCUGCACUAUUAAAGCAAUCAGAAACUACAUAUAGGAUGUUGUAUAAGGUUGUAAAGUCCCAUUUGACAACAACAAAUACCACCUUACUUCCUUUCAAGAUGAAACAUAUUUAAACACUUAGAAAAUAAAGUUAAAUUGCAUCUAAUUGCUAGUACUGAAAGGAAGCAGGUUGGAACAAAUAUGUAGCCUACCAUUUAUAACAAGAUUAGCUUGAACUGUAAAUUUUUGGGAAGGAAAAAAAUUAAUAGCCACUGGAAAAGAUUAUUGUUUCAUUGUCAUUAGCUAUUCAUAACUUUAAGUAUUUCUUAGUUCAACAUAGAUAUUUUCUUUCUCCUGCUCAUGUAAUUGUAAAAGUAGUCUAUUUCUUGACUUUGAACUCAAAGCUUUAAUCAUAUUUGCUCAUGUAUUCAAUUCUUCUAAUGGUAAGCUAGAUUUGGAGAUAGUGGUUUCAGUGUUAAGAAAUACUGGUAGCUGAAGAUAGCAGGCAUCAGUAUUUGCAGUAAUACAAGGAAAAAGGAAAAAUAUUUCUUUGGCUUAUCAAGGUCUGGAAUGAUAUACACUUAUCUGCAUACUGUUUUAUGAACCUAGACGUUCAAAUCAUUUUAUAAAGUGUACCUUAGAAAAUUUGAAAUCACCUUAUAACUUAAGAAUGAUUUUUAAUCACAGUGUUUUCUUUCUUUGUAGAUACUGACAGCAUUGCUCUUUGAGUAUAGGGUAAACUCUGAAAUGUCCUGUCAUAUAUUUUUUAUUUCAUUAAUGCUGUUUCACCAGUCAGACAUAGUUGGUUCUACCAAUGUGAUUGAUAUUGAUGCCAGCGGAACUUCCAGUUAUUUCAGACUCAACUGCUAGUCUCACUAAGCAUAUCAUGAUAAGUCAGAAAUC